AUGGGCCGACCGCGCUCUGUUGUCCCGCUGUGCAGGUUCUGCCAAAAGCAGUUCAAGCGACAAGAACAUCUCCGGCGACAUGAGCGCACCCAUACACAUGAGAAGCCCUUCAUAUGUGAAUGUGGCGGAAGAUUUGCACGACAAGAUAUGUUGACGCGCCAUCUACGGCUGUCCCACAAGGACAGCCCGGAGUAUUCUGAUGUAGCUGUUGACGAUCCAUCCUCGCCACCCCAGCGAGGUGGGAUAUCUCGCAACUCUUUCGGUACUCAUGAGCUUGACGACACCCAAGGGACCGGCUCCACCAUUACUGAGGCUGGGUUGUCUUUAUCCCAACAUAUUCCCACUAGCGACGAGCCACAUAUUCAAAGUGAUCCUAUUGGGCUCCCCUUUGAAGCUGAUCUCAUGGGAAUUGCGUUGGAAAACACUGCCAACCAAACAAUACCGUGGAAUGAGACCGAUGAUUUAGACUUUCUUUGGAACGACUCGUGUCCAUUUUCAGAGGUUCUACCUGCCAGCUUCUUCGACACGAACCUCUCUUUGGUGGAUAUUUCCCAGCAAUAUCAAAUUCCUCUCCUGGAGCAACAGCAAACCUCCGAGCAAGUAGAGCAAGGGCAACAAAGCGUCGAUAAUUCUCUAGACAUAAAUACAGCGCACCGUUUAACAGCUCCGGGGCGGCCAUCCUUGCCGGAACCGCGACCUUAUUUCAUGCAGCCCAACGUGGACCACGAAAAUCACCCCAUCGCUGCCAAGGAAGAGGGAGAUCCAUCGCAAAACCGUCAAUUGAAAGGGAAUUUUGCUCCUUCAAUUUCCCCUUGGAAACUGACGCCUUCGGAUUAUGCAGCGCUUUCCAAUGACAUUAAAGAGACCGCCCUUGUUCUACCGUCGUCUUUUUCUUUGCCUUCCCGACACACUGUCUCUCGCUUCCUAGAAGGAUUCUUUCGCAGUUAUCAUGAUCACAUGCCAUUCCUCCACAUCCCAUCUUCCUCUGCCUCCUCGCUCGGCACAGAACUCAUUCUAUCACUGGCGGCGGUUGGAGCGUUCUAUCGCUUUGAAGAUGCAAAAGGGUACAUGAUCUACCACGCCGCACGGACACUCAUCAACUGGCGUCUCGACCAACGCAGCGGCGUGGAGAUUUCGAAUCUAACAAAGACUUCCCACAGCUACGCAGAGACUUCAAAUAUACGACGUCACCCGCAGAGCUCCCCUACCAUCAAUAACGAUGAAGAUGCUCAUCCUGGCUUAUCUACAAAGACUCCAAAGCUUUUACGUUUGUUGCAGGGACUUAUAGCCUUGAUGACUUUGGCAUCAUGGGGCGAUCGUGCUGUAGUGGGUGACUCACUCACGAUGUCCGGCCAAGUCGCUAUGUUAGUCCGUGAAAUCGGCAUCUCUACACCUGACGCAGGCCAUGAGACAUCUUCUUGGGAAGACUGGGUGGAGAAGGAGGAGCGCCGUCGAACACUAUGGGUGGCAUAUGCUCAAUCCAACUUACAAUGCCUAGCCUUUCAUUUCCCGCCCACGAUCUUGAACCAGGAAGUACUUUUGAGCUUGCCAUCUUGCGGCGAGGAAUGGAACGCCCCGAAUCCCCAAGAGUGGAGGCACAUGCGAAGAUUUCAUACACCUGAUUCCAGAAACUUCCAGCAAGCUUUGGGAGAAAUUAUCAAGGGGAAUCAAAUUCACGAGCCGGCGGCAGUCUCUGCCUUCGCGAAUUAUGUACUCAUCCAUGGCUUAUUUCAAGAGAUCUUCUUCGCUCGCAACACAUCUUCUCUGGUAGACCAAUCUACCGGGUCUUUUUCAAUGGGCUUUGUGCAGGCAAUGGAAUCGGCACUGCGAGCGUGGCAGAAUUCCUGGGAGGCAACCUAUGAAUCCACCCUGGAUCCAUUAUCGCCUAGAGGACCCAUAGGAUUCAACGCCACGGCCCUUGUGCGCUUAGCAUAUAUUCGUCUAAAUGCCAACACAGGACCGCACCGCCAACUAAGUACUCGGAAUCCCGAGGAAAUUGCCCGUGCGCUUAUCGAUGGCCGACCUGCUGUCUGUCAACGCUCCCCUUUUCUUGACCGUGCGGUUUUGCAGUGCAUCCACGCACUAAGUAUUCCUGUCCGGUCGGGAAUACAGUUCAUAGCACGCACUCAAAUGCUGAACUGGAGCAUGCAGCAUUCGCUUUGCAACCUUGAAUGUACAUUCCUUCUCAACCAUUGGCUCCAGGAGAUUGCUCGAUGUAUAGAGGUGUUCGGCGUUCAAAAUUUACGGGACGAUGAGCGUAAGCUCCUCAGCAUGCUUUAUACUGUUAUCAGAGAGGCAGAUCUUACUGAGAUUUCAGAUUGGGCGGAUGAUGAUGCGGAUGCAGUCCGCCGUCUAGCAGCAUCUACUGCUCGACUAUGGGCCGAAACAUUUGGAGGGUUUCAUGUAUUCAAUAUCUCUCAGGUCAUAGGCGAGAGUGUUACCAUUAUCGCUGAUAUCCUGGAUUCCCGGCUGUCAUCUUCGACUUGA